AUGCUGCUCCCCGUGCUCCUCUCUGCGUUGACUGCCGUCUCAGCGGCGGUCUGUCCGCGCGGCUUCCUCGUCCACCCCGCCUCCGACCCAAGCUACUGCCUCAGCGUCCCCGGCGCCGAGAACGUAAAGGCAGAUUCGGAGUACACGCUCGGCAUCCUUGUCAUCAGCAAUGGCGUUGGAUGCGCACGAAUGAGGGCGGGAAGGACACGAUCCUGCUCCAAAACCUCGCCGCUGCAGACAUUGAGGUACCCGACGACGACGAGGGGCCCUCGACCUACUACAGUUUCUGCGUCACGAGCCGAUACUGUGGGUUCCAAUGCUUGCUGCACUGACGCUCCAGUUAUCGGCAACGAUCCGUACCCCCCGCGCGGUACUGCCGGUUCGCCGCUCAAGUUUGACGUCUGCUACCUCGCCCAGGUCGACCAGGGGCAGUCGUGGUACCUCCGCGGAAACCAGAUCAAGGGCAACCCCAUGAUCGACCCCAGCACCGGAGAGCAGAAAGUCGCAGGGAUCGACCACGGUGCCAAGACACUGAGGAUCCAGCCUGGUUUGUACAAAAUGAUCACUGAAGACCAGGACAAGCUCGUGUCCGCCGACCUGAAACCCUACACGCUAUGCUCCAACUAA